AUGGAGGCCGAGAUGGAGCCGGAGACUCUGGAGGCGCGAAUCAACAGAGCCACGAACCCCCUCAACAAGGAGCUGGACUGGACCAACAUCAACGGCUUCUGUGAGCAGCUCAACCAGGACUUUGAGGGGCCUCCACUUGCCACCCGGCUAUUGGCCCACAAGAUCCAGUCCCCGCAGGAGUGGGAGGCGAUUCAGGCUCUGACGGUGCUGGAAACAUGCAUGAAGAGCUGCGGCAAGAGGUUCCACGAUGAGGUGGGCAAGUUCCGCUUUCUCAACGAGCUCAUCAAGGUGGUGUCUCCCAAGUACCUGGGCUCUCGGACCUCAGAGAAGGUGAAGAACAAGAUCUUGGAGCUGCUCUACAGCUGGACGGUUGGCCUGCCCGAGGAAGUGAAGAUUGCCGAGGCCUACCAGAUGCUCAAGAAGCAGGGGAUAGUGAAGUCCGACCCCAAGCUUCCAGUUGACACCAUCUUUCCCCAUCCUCCUCCUCGGUCCAAGAAUGUCAUCUUUGAAGAUGAGGAGAAAUCCAAGAUGCUGGCCCGCCUGCUCAAGAGCUCCCACCCGGAGGACCUCCGAGCGGCCAACAAACUCAUCAAGGAGAUGGUGCAAGAGGACCAGAAGCGGAUGGAGAAGAUCUCGAAGCGGGUGAGCGCCAUUGAGGAGGUGAACAACAACGUGAAGCUGCUGACGGAGAUGGUGAUGAGCCACAGCCAGGGCGGAGCCGCAGCCCAGAGCAGCGAGGACCUUAUGAAGGAGCUGUACCAGCGCUGUGAGCGGAUGCGACCCACACUCUUCCGACUGGCCAGUGACACAGAGGACAAUGAUGAGGCUUUAGCGGAGAUCCUGCAGGCCAACGACAACCUCACCCAGGUGAUCAACCUGUACAAGCAGCUGGUGCGGGGCGAGGAGGUCAACGGAGACGCCGCUGCCGGCCCCAUCCCUGGGAGCACCUCGGCCCUGUUGGACCUCUCAGGCCUGGAUCUCCCUCCCUCAGGCACCACCUACCCAGCCGUGCCCACCUGCCCUGUCACCCAGGCCAGCCCCGAGCAGCCCAGCGCCUCCGUCUCCCUGCUUGACGAUGAGCUCAUGUCUCUGGGCCUCAGUGACCCCACACCACCCUCAGGCCCAAGCUUGGAAGGUGCUGGAUGGAACAGCUUCCAGUCAUCUAAUGGCGCCGAGCCCCCCGCCCCCGCUCCAGCACCCAGCACGGACAGCUGGCACCCCGCUCAGACAUCCCUGCCAGCAAGCAGUGGUCUGGAUGACCUGGACCUCCUGGGGAAGACCCUGCUGCAGCAGUCACUGCCCCCGGAGUCCCAACAAGUGCGGUGGGAGAAGCAGCAGCCCGCCCCCCGGCUCACGCUCCGGGACCUGCAGAAUAAAAGCAGCGGCGGCUCCCCCAGCGCCGGCGCUGCCGGCCUCCACAGCACGUCUCCCGAGCCCCUGGGGCCUCCGCAGCAGCCUGCACAGACCGAGCUCUCGCUGGCCAACAUCACUGUGCCCCUGGAGUCCAUCAAACCCAGCAGCAUCUUGCCGGUGACUGUGUAUGACCAGCAUGGCUUCCGGGUCCUUUUCCACUUCGCACGAGACCCGCUGCCUGGCCGCUCCGACGUGCUGGUGGUGGUGGUGUCCAUGCUGAGCACCGCCCCCCAGCCCAUCCGCAACAUUGUUUUCCAGUCUGCUGUCCCCAAGGUCAUGAAAGUGAAGCUGCAGCCACCCUCAGGCACGGAGCUGCCGGCCUUCAACCCCAUCGUCCACCCCUCAGCCAUCACCCAGGUCCUGCUCCUCGCCAACCCCCAGAAGGAGAAGGUUCGCCUCCGCUACAAGCUCCUCUUCACCAUGGGCGACCAGACCUACAACGAGAUGGGGGACGUGGACCAGUUCCCCCCGCCCGACAGCUGGGGGAGCCUCUAG